GAAUCGAUGUAGCUGGAGGACAACACGUGACAAUUGAGUACAAACAGACGAACUGGCUGAGGGACGACAAGAACGAGGACUGUGUUCCUCGAGGCUCACUUCUGGAGGGGUCGGAGUUCACUCAGAAAUACAGCGAGGCCUUGUGUAAAUUACACUGCUACCAUAAACUGUACGAGGAUAAGGUCAACUGCUCCGCUUCAAGGUACUUCAGUUGUAGAAUGUGUGGUUUUCAAGAAAAAGAAAUCAUCGAGAAAAAUGGAUUUGCAAAGCAGGCACAUCAAUGCAUCAGAGAAAAUUGCAAGCAAAGCUGUUCUCAAAUAACGUUUCCUCACACGCAACAAAUAGCCAAGUACCCGACACUAAACGAUGCUCAGUAUUUUCUCGGAAAGCUAUUCGUGGAGCUCCAAAAAAACGAAUCGAACUACACCGAGAUCGCAAAACAUGCGACUUCGAAAUUUCUUGACGCCGUUGCUGCUGGUAAAAUUCUCUUCUGCAAUAUGGGUCAGAUUACUAACCCCGAAUGUGAGAAAAAAGCGUAUAACUACGCUUUGCAAGUGGCGAAGCAAGGGUUCACGAAGCUGCAUAUUUUCAGAAAAAACUCGGAUGUCACAGCUUUCUCUGAAAUCAGUUCUUACACGGAGUUCACAUUGAUCAGUAACAUGGGCGCGCAGAUGGGUUUAUGGGCUGGGCUUACUUUCAUAUGCCUAUACGACUUAAUGGAAAAAUACGCGAAGCUCAUUUUUGUGGACAAAUUGGGAAAAAUGUAUAUGAAAAGAUUCAAGUUGCAAAAAGCUGAGGAAAAAAUGGAAGAUCAAGAAGAAUUGGACGUUUCGUCAGAAGAUGCUGAAAGAAUAGAGAAAAAACAAUCUUCGGUUGACUCAGGACAACACAAAUUUUAUUCAAAACAGAAAAAAUCAUGUGGCAUGGAAUGAAUGGCGAACCAUAGUCAACAACAAGAAUGGGACAUACGCAAUAACAAAAACGGGAAAUAAGGCUAUUUUUCAAACAAUCAGAACAGAAUAAAUGUGUGAUGAUGAUAGAUAAUUCUUAAGACCUGACAGCAAAAAAUUACGACCAAUAUGCCCUUAAAUUUUUAUGUUUUAAUAAUGCUUGGUACUCAA